GUUGCUACUUCCAUCGGUUUCGUGCGUCUGCCUAAGUCCUCCUCUCAACAGAAGCUCUCCUCUGCAGCGGGAAACUAUUUGAGGUCUAACAUCAGGAGUGCGAAACCUCAUUCUGUCGUUCGUCGUCCCUCCGCUGGAAAUAUUGGCGCAACAACGCAUACCGUCUCUCCCGGUGUCUCCUUACGGACUUGGCUACCAGCCUACUCCUGCAUUCCUAUCAUUCUGGCGUCCUCGCUGUCCGUACGCUGUGGCCUCCUACUUCCACCUGCAGACAAACCCGCCAACAAAUUCUGUCUGCUUGCCUUUAUCGGGAAGCUACUGAAGCAUUGGACAUCCAAUGAUCCUGUCACUGCCGCUGCCAGCAUUUCCGGCGUUCAUCAACCGGGCAGCCUAGAAAACCAAGCACUUCUCACAACCCUGGCUAUUAUCGAAGACAUGAGCCAGUUAGAAGAUCUUGUGGAAACGAGGAGACCUGAUCUGUUGAAGCAUAUUUUGCCUCGCCUGGUUGACCUUGCAAUCGCACCAGCUGCAUCUCCCGAAACCCGUACCACCUGCGUCAAGGUAUUCUUCACUUCCAUACCAUUCUCCUUUUCCAUUACUUUUUGGCCUCUUUCUAUUUUCCUCUUACGGUACGAUUUGCAACCUCGGUGUGAUGUCUUUGUCUUAUAA